GGCCAUGUUAGUCAAGCCCUUUCUUUCAUUCGGUUGGAAGACAAAGUGAUAGACGCUUUCAUGAGCUUUACGGUUUUUUUUCUUUCCUCCUCUCCCCCUUAGUUUUUUUCUUAGCAUUUUAACUGGCUUGUGUCUGUUUAAAUUAGCGGUGUGUUUUUGGAAAAAGGCGCCUUUUCCCCCUACUUAGCACCGGUGUAGCUAAAUCUCCAAUUUACGACGAAGUAGGUUAGCUGAAUAGAUAUUUUUUUAAGCAGACCUCUCUGUUAGCUUAUGUUAUUCUCGUCUUAAUUCGUUACAGAAAGAAACAAUAUUUUUGCAGAAGAUUCAGUGUGGAAUUUAAAUAGGCCUUUUCCCAGGAAAAAAAUAUUGGCCUAGAUAAUUUGCUACUGCAUUUUUUAUUACAAUGGCGACCGCAACUUCGACCCCGGCCGGGCAAAGAAUAAGCACCCGCUCCACCGUUAGCACCCCUCUUAGCCCCACUAGGAUAUCCCGGCUGCAGGAGAAGGAAGAGCUGAGCAACCUGAACGACCGCCUGGCCGUCUACAUCGACAAAGUGCGCAGCUUGGAGUCGGAGAACAGCGUGCUUCACCUGCAGAUAACCGAGAAGGAAGAAGUGCGGAGCCGGGAGUUGUCUGGUUUGAAAUCACUGUACGAGACGGAGCUAGCCGACACUAGGAGGUCGCUGGACGACACCGCCAAGGAACGAGCGCGGCUGCAGAUCGAGCUUGGGAAGCUCAGGACCGAGCACGAGCAGCUGCUGCACAACUAUGCCAAAAGGGAUGCUGACCUGGCCAACUCCCAGGCCCGGCUGAAGGAGAUGGAGGCCACACUCAACUCCAAGGAGGCCGUCCUGGCCACCGUAAUGUCUGAGAAGAAGGCCCUGGAGAACAGCCUGGCCGAAGCCCAAGAGCAGCUCCUUGAGCUGGAUGCCAGCCUGGCCUCGACCAAGAAGCAGCUGGGUGAGGAGACGCUGCUGCGAGUGGACCUGGAGAACCGCUGCCAGAGCCUGACAGAGGAGCUGGAAUUCCGCAAGAAUAUGUUUGAGGAGGAGAUCAAGGACACACGGCGGCGGCACGAGACCCGUCUGGUGGAGGUGGACUCAGGAAGGCAGAUGGAGUACGAGUUCAAGCUGGCGCAGGCCCUGACCGAUAUGCGGCAGCAGCAUGAUGAGCAGGUGAAGCUCUACAAGGAGGAGAUGGAGCAGACCUACCAGGCCAAGCUGGAGAAUACACGACUGUCAUCUGAGAUGAGCAGCUCUUCGGCCAGCCUGGCCCGGGAGGAGCUGAAGGAGUCUCGCCUGAGAGUGGAGAGCCUUGCUGCCCAGCUGGCCAGCUUGCAGAAGGAGGCUCGUGGCUGGCAGGACCGUAUUAACGAGCUGGAGACGGCGUUGAUUCAAGAGAGGGAUGCAGGUCGGCGCACCCUGGCCGAGAAGGAGCGCGAGAUUGCGGAGAUCCGUGCCAAAAUGCAACGGCAGCUGGACGAGUAUGAGGAGCUGCUGGAUGUCAAGCUGGCACUGGACAUGGAGAUCAACGCUUAUAGGAAGCUGCUGGAGGGCGAGGAGGAGAGGCUGAAGCUAUCCCCCAGCCCCUCGUCCCGCGUCACCGUGUCCCGCGCCUCCUCCAGUCGCAGUGUGCGCACCACACGGGGGAAGCGCAAGCGUGUGGAUGUGGAGGAGUCGGAGGCGAGCAGCAGCGUCAGCAUCGCUCAUUCCGCCUCUGCCACAGGGAGCGUUUGCAUCGAUGAGCUGGACGUGGAUGGGAAGUUCAUCCGACUGCACAACACCUCCGAGGAGGACCAGCCAAUGGUAGGUUAUGAGUUAACCAGAACCAUUGGAGAUACCUCAGCUACCUACAAGUUCACUCCUAAAUACCUCCUGAGAGCGGGACAGAAAGUCACGAUCUGGGCCUCUAAUGCUGGUGUAAGCUCCAGCCCCCCCACUGACCUCAUCUGGAAGAACCAGACCUCCUGGGGCACCGGCCAGGACAUUCGGGUGUUUCUGAAGAACCCCCAAGGCGAGGAAGUGGCCUUCAGGACCACUAUUUUCAAGACUGCAAUACCGGAGGAACAAGAUGAUGAGGAAGAUGAAGGUGAAGUUGAGGUUAUUGAGGAGGAUCUCUUUCACCAGCAGGGAGACCCCCGUGCUACCAAGAGAGGCUGCGUCGUCAUGUGAGCCAGCAGCCGCUGCUCCUCUCAUCCGGGCCCGCUUUCAGUUGCCAGCCCAAAUGGAGCAGAACUAAUCUUUUUCUACCGUUUUAGUUCAUAUUAUCAAACGUGUGUGAAUCUUUUACUGCAGAUUGUAAACCAUUUUGAUACAUUUAUUUUUGUGAAAUCAGAACACUCAUGACUUGUUUUGUAUGAACCAAAUCUUGUUUUUAAUGGAGGACUUUUUUGUAGGGUUAGGUGAUGAAACUGACAGGUCUUUAAAAGCAGGGCAGCUUGCAGAAUUUUCCUCCAGGUGCUGUGACUUUUUUUUUUUUUUUUUCUUUAAACAACUUCUACUUUUUUAAAUAGUAUUUUAAAGCCUUUAUAGAAAGUGAUUUUUUCCAUUAAAUGUAGUAGUUUAGAUGGGGAGGACGUUGCAUAUGUUGGAAUGUAGAUUAUGCUUUUAUGUAAACAAGAUUAAAGUUUGGAAUCAUG